UUUGUUUUGUUAAGUUUUAAUGGAAUGGAUAAAGUUGCUUAUCUUUCACAUACAUUUUUUUCUUUAUUUCAUCGAUUCCAUGUGUUGGGCUAUCCAGUGUAAUUUCGCCUAAAUUUUCACAUUUACACAAACGGUUCUAAAAGCUUUGAGUGUAGAGGGUGACUAUUCUCGAGAUUUUCAAUUUCCCGGGAAUCGAGAGUUGAAUUUGGGAAUUCCCGCUCGUCACCCUCUUUUUGAGUGUAAUGGUUUUAUACAAAACAAGCUAACCCCGACAAACUUCGUCUUGUCAUUUUUUCCCUUCUUGACGUUUUUAGCCUCCUGUGAUCAAAAUUUGAUUUUACGCAACUUUUCGCAUACAAUUAGCAGAUCUUCCGGAAUCGGUUCCGGAGUGGCCAAAGUUGUCACUCUUUAGCGUAAGAACCUUCCUUGGGCUUAUACGAACCCAACGUAGCAAAGAGCGCUCCGAUCCGACUUUCCGUAUUGAACUGAUUCGCGUUCGAACAAAACCGUCGAAAUUUUAUAUAUAUAUAGAUUUUAAGAAACUUUAGAUGUCUAAAAAUAAACACAAAAAAAAUCAAUGUGUUAAAAAGGAAUUUUACAUCAAUCAAAAAACAUAGUCAUAGAGAAGAGAAAUAUUGUUUUCAAAAAAAAAUUGAAAAAAAUAGUUUCAAAAGGAAUCCACCCAAAAACAAGUUUCAAAAGGAAUCCAUUUUCUAAUCAGUUGAACUAUUUUUUCAGGGAUUCAGGAAAAUUGUUUGCUGAUACCAUGAAAUUUAAGCUAGGUCAGAUCAAAUUCUGCUUAAAAAGAUUAAACAACACUCUGCCUUUUUCAGUCAACAUUAAUCCUAAAGCAACUUUUCGUUACUAUCUGUAUUGGAAACCAAUAGUAUAUCCUUUAAACGAUUGAAAUGGUUUAAAAAUAAUAAAACAUUAAUUUGAAUAUUCUCCAAAGAAUUAAACUGUGGUUGGAUUUUUUAGCUGUUAUAUUUAUUUCAUCAAUUACAAUUAUAUUAUUAAAACUCCGCUGAAAAUUCAAGUAAACAUAUCAAAAUGAUGAAAAAUUUGGAGGGGCGCCAAAUUGAUGCUUCGCCAAGGGCGCCGUGGACCCAAGGUACGGCUCUGCUAAUGCUUAAGUAACAUCUUUUGCGAUAGAUAUGUUCUUGUUACGAUGAAAAAUCAUGAUAUGGAACCGUGAUAAAAAAUGAAAUUAGUGAAUAUUUCGGAUUACAAUGUAUAUUUUUGCUAAAAAGAAUGGAUUAAUUGCAUAAGCCACUACGCUUAUUUUCCCAGGAAUAAUCGAUAUCAUUUUUCGUUCACUUCCACAAAAAAAAAGAAAACUGUACAGGACAAUUCUAAAGACUUGCCAACAAGAUGUUUUACAACAAAGUUUAAAUUUUUUUUUUUUAGAUUGUGUCUCCAACUAUGCAAAUAAAGAAAACUGCAACUUUUUUAGCUGAUUUGUACUUGUAUUUUUUUAUUAAAUAAUAUAAAUGGUUACACUAUGCUAAUUCAAAUAUUAACCUUUUUGUAUAAAUGCUUCAAGUGAUAUUACAUAGAAUUAAAAUAUAGAGAGUAGAGGUAGGAGAGGAUGUAGGGAAUGGAUAGGGCAAAUAUAAAUAAUAAUAAAAUAAAAUAUGUGAAAUGAAUAAUCUUCUUUUAAACAAUAAAAUAAAUAAAUGGUAAAGCGAGGGUUAAUUUGAUCAGAACGCCAUAAAAAGAGAAAAUGAGUGAGAAGACAGCAGAAACUAGCGAGCGUGUGUGAGAGAAAAGAGAAAUCGGGUUGUAAGCGUUCGUGUUGAACGAGGCAGUCUGGUGUUUGAGCAUAGAACGAACGGAUGUAUUUUGAACGGUUUCUGAAAAUUAAAAAUUAAAAAGAAAAUGCGACCAAAAAACACUACAAUGGCAUUCAUUAAAAUUAUUUAUGUGAAAAUAUCAUAUGGCCAACCUUAUGAACCAGAAAUUAGUAUGGCGGGCAACAUUAAUCAAGUGGAGAAGCGGCCUUCAGCAGAUUGCAGGUUUUUAACUAAAUUUUGAGUUUUUACGUUUUGCUUUGCUAUUAAUUUGCUUUGCUUUGCUUAACAGGUUAAGUAAAUGUUUUCCCUGCUGCAGAGACCAGGCGUACCUGGACAAAGGCAACGACUUCCAGGAAUCGACGCCAAUCGAACAACAUGGGCUAAGCAGGGACAAUUCGAUCGAAGGCUCCGUGCUGGUCAUCGAGGCACCGUGCUGGUCAUCGAGGAGUGGUCCUCGUCGUUCAGUCUUCAGGCAAGGAUGUUCGUGCUGAGUCGGUUCGCGUUGAGAAAGGUUAAUGGCAUCAUCCGUACGGACGCUGUGGGUUGCGGUAUUGACAUUGACGACAUCGACGUGGUCAUCUCGUCAACAUGCCGCGCCACAUCAACACGUAAAUUGGCCGGACCGGGCGAACAAGUUGUGCUGGAAACCGGGUACCUUCAUCACGAUGCUUAUCGAUUAGGAGCAAAAGAAGUUCCAGUUGACCCUGGCCGAGGCUGGCAGGCAGCCGCUGGAGCCGAUCGAAAUCCAUUCGAACGCCGUAGAGGAAUACGCCGUGCUGUACUCGGCGGUGCUGAAUGACCUGUGUGAAGCCCUGGAUCAGCAAAAGCAAACGAUCAAGAAGAUUCAUAGCGGAAUGUCGAACACUAGCAUGACCAAGGUGAACUUGUUCAGAAAGCUGAAGGAUCGCGUUGAC